CUCAUCACCAUUGAAUACACCGACCCGACGAUGGCGGAUUACAACAAACAGACGGUCGCGCAGCUGCGGCAGAUACUCAAGGACCGGGGCAUACCCAGUACGGGCUUGACCCGAAAGGCGCAAAUCAUCGAGAAACUUGAGGAGGCUGAUGGCGCUGUCCAAGCUUCCAGUGCGCCGCCCGAGCCAGUCGCACAGGCUGGGGAAGCUGACCCGCGACAAGCCCCCUCGGAGGCGGAAGCACCUGGGCCUGCGCUUGCAGAAGCCGGAGAACCUCAAGCGCAACCCGAACGCGAACCUGAUGCCGAGCCUGUACCUGUGCCUGCAGCAACGACGGACUCCUUACCAGAGACUGUAUCACACAUAGACAGCGACGUGCCACCACCAGAUCAGACCCAGGCGAUUGAACAGCCAGCAGAAGCGGUCACCAACGUUGAUGAGCCGGGUUCAAUACAGCCAGCAGAAGUUUUCAACGCGCCGCCUGCGGAUGCGAAUGACGCAGUGGGCCCAGCGGUUACUGAGCCGACGGACGCGGAAGUUGAAACCAAAAACGACGCAUCGGUUGCCAGCGAUGAACUACCAGACGCUCCCGGACCGGCUGCUGAAGCCUUGCGGCUGGCACACCACGAGUCUGAAGCACCCAGUGAUGUGCAAGACAUCAUAAUGGAGGAGAAACCGACUUCGGCUACACCAAGUGAACAACAAUCAGUAGAAAAGCCGGAACCUCUGACUGUGCCUGAGCAGUCGUCAGCCGAGACAUCGAGACUCAACACAGAAGAACUGGAGGCCGACUCUAAGAAACGAAAGAGGCGCAGCGAGACGCCCGACAUGAAACCUCAGGAGAUUAGCGCAAAAAGACAUCGACCAAGUCAAGAUCCUGCGCCCGAGGUUCAUCUGAAAGAAGAUGAAGAUGUAGUCAUGGAGCAGCGACCAGAGGAAGACGUUGAGAACGUUGCAGAUGCCAAGCACGAUGAGACAAAUGGCGACCAUGCUGAACCCGAAGCCAGGCGUGAAAGAAAGGAAAAAGCAGCCAGAUACAAAGAUCUGGUGCCGUCUGGCGAAGAUGACACACUCCACGAAGCGCUGAACGACGAUAGACCGACAGUGCCCGCACUUCACCCCGUAACGGCUGCUCUGUACAUCCGUAACUUUAUGCGCCCGCUACGCCCGGAACCGCUUCGUGCACACUUGGUCGCUCUUGCGUCUCCACCUUCCAGCUCGCCUGAUUCCACAAUUGUCAAAGCGCUUUUCUUGGACGCAAUGAAGACCCAUGCUCUUGUCUUGUUCAGCACCAAAACCGCCGCGUCGCGGGUACGAGCAUCAUUACAUGGGUCGAUAUGGCCACCGGAAGGAAAUAGGAAAGAAUUAUGGGUGGAUUUCAUUCCCGAGGAGGGUGUCGAAAGUUGGAUCAAGGAAGAGGAAGAUGCAGUAGCAAUGGAGAAAGAAGCCCGUGCCAGCGGGCGGCCUGCAAACCCAAAACGCUUCGAAGUUGUUUAUCCUGAGAGUAGUGACGGUUCGGUCACGGCAGUAUUUCAAGAGGUUGGUUCGAGCGCCCCAGCAAACGCACCACGAGGCCCACGCGGUAGUGAUGAUGUGCGGCGCCCGUCCGCCCAACAGCAACCGUCAGCACCAACAAAAGAUACUCGCCAAGAUACCGAGGCCUCUUUCAAGACACUCCAUGAUCUCUUCGACUCAACUGAAGCAAAACCGCAGCUGUUCUACCUCCCCGUCUCCGAUGAAAUUUCCGAAUUGAGGUUGAAGGAGCUGGACGCUGAGACGAGCAGAGAUUGGGCACCGGAUGAGGUCAGAAAGGGAAGAGGUAUCAAAAGCGAGAUGAAGUACAAGUACAGCUUUGAUGAGGAGGAUCGGAUUGUAGAAGUCGGCGAGGAUCGUGGCCCGUGGAGUGAAGGAUAUAGAGGUGGCAGGGGUGGCUUUAGAGGACGAGGAAGAGGGGGCGGUUUCCGGGGUAGAGCAGGCACUCUAUGGCGAGGAUAAACGCAUUGAUAUCAGGCCAUGAUCGGAGUUGAGUACAAGUUGUCAUAUAUUCUUAUCUUUGUAUAUUAUCGCAUAUAUUCCAUUGGAUACUAGAUGUCUCGGUGCAGUACCGGAAC